UCGCCUAUCUCGCGUAGUUGGGUUCUGCACGUGUGUCCAGCCUGCUCAAGUUGCUGUAGUGAUGGACGCGUUGGAUCGAGUGAUGACUGGAAGAGGGAGGGUUCUAUUUAUUUAAGAGGAGGAAUUCUUUCAGUGGAUGCAGAAAACUUGGAAAAGCAAGAAAUGUACAAAAACGUAUUCCUCCUACUGUCACAUCUUUAAAUCAGAAUAAUGGAUUUGUUUCCCCUUCAUAGUUUACAAGAAAGCCCAAAACAAAAAGGGCCAAGAGAUUCCUUGAGAAGAGAGAACCAAAACUCAGUGAAAAUAUAAAAAAUGCCAUGCUGAUUAAAGGGGGAAAUGCAAAUGCAACAGUGACACAAGUACUUAGAGAUGUGUAUGCACUGAAAAAACCAUAUGGAGUUCUGUAUAAAAAGAAAAAUAUUACAAGACCAUUUGAGGAUCAGACAUCACUGGAAUUCUUUUCAAAGAAGUCAGAUUGUUCUCUAUUCAUGUUUGGUUCCCAUAAUAAGAAGCGGCCACAUAAUCUAGUAAUAGGUCGUAUGUAUGACUACCAUGUGCUGGAUAUGAUUGAAUUGGGUAUCGAGAAAUUCAUUUCUCUGAAAGAUAUUAAGAACAGUAAAUGUCCUGAGGGAACAAAACCUAUGUUAGUAUUUGCUGGUGAUGAUUUUGAUGUGACUGAAGACUAUAGGCGACUAAAAAAUCUUCUUAUUGAUUUCUUCAGAGGCCCCACAGUAUCAAAUAUUCGCCUGGCUGGUUUAGAGUACGUUCUGCACUUCACUGCACUGAAUGGAAGGAUUUACUUUCGAAGCUAUAAGUUGCUGUUGAAGAAAUCUGGUUGCAGAACACCACGGAUUGAAUUGGAAGAGAUGGGACCCUCAUUGGAUCUGGUUCUGAGGAGGACACACCUGGCAUCAGAUGACCUUUAUAAGUUAGCUAUGAAAAUGCCCAAAGCCCUCAAGCCAAGGAAGAAGAAAAAUAUCUCUCAGGAUACUUUUGGUACAACUUACGGAAGGAUUCAUAUGCAGAAGCAAGACCUAAGCAAACUACAAACCAGGAAGAUGAAGGGGUUGAAGAAACGACCUGCAGAAAGGAUACUAGUAGAAGAUCAGGAGAAUAAAUCAAAGAGAAUUAAAAAAAUUUGAUGGAACUUAACCAACAACUACAGUUUUAUUGUAUUCUAUUUAUGUAAGAGAAUUAUUAAGCAUCGAUUAGUUUUAUUAAGCAUCAUUCAGAAUUUCUUUAACAAGAUCUUACUCUUUAUUUUAAUAAAAUGACAGUUUACCUAAA